CUCUUCCCUUUAACUACUCCCUCCCCCAGCCGAGCCUCUGCCCACUCGCCAUCUCCCACUCCCUCUCAGCCCUCUGUGAAUCCGUCCACUCCCAUACCAAGAGGAGGAGGAGGGGGCGACGGCGCCGAGGCCCGAGAUAUCCUAGGCGCGAUGACAUCGCUGGGGAAGAGGCACCGGACCAACAGCUCGAUGCGGCGGACCACGAGCAUGUCCGGGUUCGACGUGCCGGCGGAGGAGGCCGGGCGCCAGCCGACCCGGGUGGCGAGGGGAGCCUCGGCGGCGCCCACGAUGGGGUGGAGCGCCGCCUCAGCCGCCAUGCAGAGGCGCCACUCAGGGGACUUCAACGCCGUCAUGGAGACGGCGGCGUUCUUGAAGGCCUGCGGGCUCUGCUGCCGCCGCCUCGGCCCCGGUCGCGACACCUUCAUUUACAUGGGCGAAGUGGCCUUCUGCAGUCUCGAGUGCAGGCAGCACCAGAUGAACCUGGACGACCUCAAGGAUAAGAAAUGCUUCCCGGCGGCCGGUACCGGUGGCUCCGACGGAACCAGCGGAACUGUAGCCGCCGCCUAGCAUCGCCGGACCUAAGAAAAUUAAGAAGUUUGUUGGCACUCUCUAGGGAACCAAAUCCAGUAGUUUCUGUCAACAUGUGUGCAUGAUAUAUUCUAUAUGGGUCUAUAUUGAUGGUUCAGGUUGUGAGCCAGAAUGGGAUGUAGAGAUUGGAGCUUGGACUAGUGAAAGUACUGCACCUGUGCAGGCGUGUUGAGCAGAAGAGGGGGUAUUUUGUAUAAUGGUCCAAAUUAGGUCAUGGCAUUUGGAGACGCUAUUGUUAAAUUUUUCUCCCAAGGAAGAACUCCAGUUCUCCAA